AUUGAGCUAUUCAUUGGGGAAAAAUCAUUGUAUAUAUUGAUUAGAGCAAAUAAUUCUUUUGGCUGAUUUUGACUUAAAUUUAACAAUUAAUAGUUGGCGGGCUUCGUAUUCACCUCUUGCCUGCUCUGCUGUGUAUGAACAGGAAGUAGCGGCAUUUAAUGUUUGUAAUGUAACACACUAAGAAGGUCCAAAGAGAGGCGAAAUUGAAAACAAACCCAAUUUGGUGAUUUAGCUUAACAGCUGAGCUAUUGGAGCACUGGUAGAGAGAAGUGAGGAGCUGGUUUAGAGACGUUCUUCUUUUCUUUGUGCUGGUGGUGAGUGGCCCUUGGACGGAGUGCGUAGUGGCAUCCAGCCUUUGGACAGUCUGUGAUGCGCGGCAUGGAAUUCUCUGGCUAAGGAACAGGUGCCAUGGAGCCUAAGGAGGCUGGGCCCUAUGACGUCCUCGACUGGGCAGGCCCUCACGUGGUGGUGAUCCCCCGGGCCGAGACCGGCUUCGGCUUCACGUUACGUCACUUCGUCGUCUACCCGCCUCCCUCGGUACUCGACGACUCCAGGCUUGAAGACGACGACUUCACAUCUCCCAGUCAUAGGCCCGACUUCCGGCGUCAUGUGAGCAUCGAGCCGCAGGACACCAUCUUUGUGAAGAGCGUCAAGGACGGGAGUCCGGCUCAUUUCGCCGGUCUGCAAACCGGAGACCGGAUCAUCGCCAUCAACGGGAACACCAUCUCGGGCAAGUCUUACCAGGAGGUCAUCGCAGCCAUACAUCAAAGUUCUCCCGUAAUCAAACUCCUAGUGGUACCCAAAGAUGAAGACAUUCUACAGAUGGCGUAUCAGUCCCAGACUGGAGAGUCCCUGUACAGCAGCUCUAGUUCUCUCUCCACGCCCCCAGCCCCUCGAAACGCAAGCAUAAGACAACCGCACCAGUACCAUAGCUAUAGUGAUGUCUCUGGUGGCUCCCAAGAGUAUGGGCAGAGCAUGUCCUAUGGCCCCCCGGAGGCUUCCAGAGUAGGUCAACAAGAUGUCAGACACUCGUACCCACUGAGUCAGCAGUGGGAGGCAGCUGGACCUGACAGCAGGUUUGCUUCAUCACUGGAAGAGCUUAGCUACACAAACUCUCCAGCUGGCUACAGACCUGUUCCUCUCACUGUUAAUAACCGGCAUAAUCAGCAGAAUUUGCCGGUGGGUGGUAGGGACUACCCCCAGCCUCAGAGGUUCCUAGCUCAGGAUUCUGAUCCUGCUAUGGCCUCCAAUGUCACGUACAAUGUACCGGGAAAAGCCAAGUAUUCAUUUGGAUUGUUUUUCCCGCCCAAAUCUGGAGCAGCGCCCACGGGCAGCAGCAGUGGCAGCAGCAGCAGAACUAUCAGUGCUGAGAGCAUAAGUCGUGGCUGUGAGGAGCUUCCAGAACCUUCCGCCAUGUCCAAAUCUCAGACAUUUGAGCUCAGCUCACAGCGGUCAGCCGAUGGCAGCCGUCGCAAGACCUCGCUGGAUGAGAGCUCCGCGCUUUCGUCCUCUGCGAGGUCAAGAGACUUUUUCAUCAGGUACUCAUCUGACAAAGCAGCCAACGAUAUGAGGAAUCGUUACUCCCCCCGGCACACGGCUUACAAAAGCCAGCCCACGUACAUAAUAUCCCGGUCCCAAACAGUAUCAUCCAUCGCUCCCGGCAAGACAGCUUCUAUGAACUCCUCGGCUUCUCCUCACCGCCACUCGGCGGAGAUUGUGAAAUCCAGCGUGCGCGGCGGUGAGACGGAGUACCACGUGGACCCAGGCAGGGCCCGCCACUACAUCCCCGUCCUCACAGAGCCAAAGAGGUCUAGCAGCUCCGACAGCCUGGACUCCAGGGCCGCUGGUUACAGUCGCGCUGGGGCUGGACUCUACGCCGACCAGUCGGACUCCACUUCAGGCGCCAGGACCUUUGUGGUGAGAAUUCCCUAUGAUCAGCAGCAGCAGCAGCAGCUUCAGCAGCAGCAACAGCUUUCACAACUUCAUUCUCGUAGCGAGUCUGGCUUCAUCCCUGUCCGACAGAGCUAUGGGACGACAUUCGCGCUCACCCGCGCCCCAACUGCUACUCAUAUUGAAAUCCAGAAAUCCAUCGGGAAACCCAUCGUGUCACAUCGUAAAUAUCUAUUUGAGACGGGGAUGAACGAGAACACCGCCCCGCCCGGAAACGGCGGGCUGAACCGUUACAAAACAGAGAUUGAGAAAAUUAGGACUCAGCCGAAAUUCUCGAGCAUCGCCAUGAGAAGGGCAAGUUUUGAACAGUCGCCAGAGAAGGAUCCGCCCGGGUUUGAAGAUUCUGUUCUUUCCAGAGAGCAGACUCCAGACUUUGUGAAAAGCAGUGUAGAUACAGCCCAGCCCACUGUCAAGUUCGACUCCGCUCAUCUUCAGGUGAGAAAGAUCUCCUCAGAGCGAUAUGGUAGCAGCAGCCCCCAUCAAACGGCCGCGACCUCUGACCCCGCCCCCAUCCGCAUCUACGUCUCCCCUGGCAACAGCAACACCCAGCCUUCCCCUAUCGUCGAGAUCGUCCCCGUUUACCCCGGCGAAGGCAGCAGCAAGAGACACAGCGCCAAUGCAGCAGACCAAGCCAAAUUCGCAGCCCUCAAGACUGACAGCAAAACAGCGCCUCCUUUGGGGAAGACGAGCUCGUCCUCUGUCGGGUUCAAAGUAACUAAGGAGGGCUUCUUCCACUCGCCCUCGCCCAGCAGCUGCAGCGCCAGCACGGCCAGUGGGGCGGGCAGCAGCGAGGCCGGUUCCACCGGGGGGCUGGCCGACUCGGGCGUGUGGAUCAAGAGCUACCACAGCAGCACCGACAUGCUGGACGGACCGGGCCACCAGGCGGAGGCGGUCGCCGUGACCACCAGCAGCAGCGUCACCGACAGCGGCGUGUUCUCCGCCGAUGGGACCCCACUGCUCCCGUCCGCCCAGCUGGAGAUGGAGGCCGGGAGGUCGUCACGACCCGCUAGAAAGACGUCCUACCUCUCGGCUGUCAACGCUCCUAGUGGGAGAGAAACCUUGGAGGAUCAAGCCAACAAGCUCCACAGAAGGACAUCUUACCUUAUGGCCACAGCCAGGGACCGCACCAACACUGUGCCUAUAGAGCAGGCCUUCUCCACUCCACAGGUCAUCAUGGAUCAUACACCCUCCGACCAACGUCGGCCGUCGCAAGGUGGUGGUGGUCCUGUCAGGCAUCAAAGCUCUGUUAAACUCAACAAGUUCUUUGGAGAAACUAUACCUGAAGGUGUUGAGGUCAAGACCACAGAGAUGGAAGAUUUCCCACAGCUCAUCAAGAAAGGACUUCUUUCUUGUAAAAUCUCAGUCGUUGAGGGAAAGAAAUGCAGUGACCGGUCAUGGAAGCCAGUAUUUGCAGUAUUAAGACAGAACGAGCUGUACCUUACCAAAGACAGGGAAAGUAGUUCGACCUCCAGCAAUUUUGAAGACCAGCACAUCCCGCUCAGGUCAUGCAUGGUGGAGAUUGCUCACGAUUAUGCGAAGAAGAAGAAAAAUGUGUUCCGGUUCACCAGCCACCAGGAGUGUGAGUACUUGUUCCAGACAGAGGACAAGGGCACCAUGCUCAUCUGGAUACAAGCCAUCAAGUCCAUUAAUGAGCCAGAAAAGGCAGAGAAAAUGGAUGCUCUCAUCGCCAGCGAGCAGGCUGUGCCUAGCAACAAGAUGUCGCCACAGCUCGGGGGACAGAAGGGGGGCAGGAAACUCUCAGCGGCUCUCUCCAUCAAGGCAAAGCUGGCCACCUCUCCGAGCAUGAGACGGAAGAAAUCCAAUGCCUCCGAGAAGGAAAAAGAAAAAGGUGAAGAUAACCUGAAAAAGGGCUGGAAAGGUCGCAUCCCAAUGAUGAAGAGUCUGAAAAAGUCGAGUGAAGAUUCGAGUGCCUUGACGCUGGUGGAGCCUUAUGUAGACAAUGACAACAUGCAGUUUGGAGUCCCUCUGGAAGAUUGUUUCUCCUCCCCACACAACGAGUAUGUUCCCCUCAUUGUGGAGUUGUGUACCAGCAUUGUGGAGGCUCGUGGUCUGGAGGUGGUUGGCGUCUACAGAGUGCCCGGCAACUCAGCGGCCGUCAACGCCCUCACUGAGGAAUUCAAUCGAGGCAUCGACAAUGUCAACAUCGACAACGAGAAACUGCUGGACAUCAAUGUCAUCAGCAGUCUGCUCAAGUCGUUCUUCCGCAAGCUGCCCGAGCCUCUAGUGCCCUCAGAGUCCUAUGAUGCCUUUAUUGAAGCCAGCCGAAAUCCAGAUGAAGACAAAAGGAAACUGAAACUGAAGCGAUUACUGCAUCUUCUCCCCACCCACCACAAUGAAACAUUCAAACAUGUGGCUGUACAUUUGAACAAGGUUGCAACAUAUGGCAAUAUCAAUAAGAUGGAUGCAAAAAAUCUAGCCAUUAUGUUUGGACCCACGCUGGUGAGGAAGAAAGGCGAUGACACAGUGUCUCUGGUCACUGAUAUGUCUGAUCAGUGCCGGAUUGUGGAGAGCAUCAUAUUGCAUCACGAGUGGUUCUUCAGUCCGUGGGAUCAGGACAACUACAUCCCCAUGGAGACUUCGGUGGAGACUGUGACAGUGGAUGAGAAUCAUGGAUACAGAGAUGACGAUGAAGAGGCAGACUCCGCUAUCAGCACAAAGGAAAUUAUCUCUUCCAUUGUGAGUGCAGCCAGCAAAAAGCUACGCAGCCGACAGCAGCAGAAGAGUCUGGAUGGUUUGGACAUAGUAGACGGCAGCAACAGCACGGCGAGCGCCAGCCCCGCCUUCAACGAGAGGAACAUAGAUGAUGCUGUGUACCUCGCAUCUCUCACCAAGUCCCUUUCUUCAGUGGUGUCUUCCCGCAGCGGAUCUGACGAGUACAUAGGCAGCAAAACAUCUUCUCCAGCAAUUCACCGUUUCCACGAAAUGCAUCCUACGGCACCCAUCGCUAAUUCUGAACCAGAUUUCCCCGAUCUGGAAUAUGCCGACGCGGGCAGUCCAUCUUCCUUAGGUUACGUUCGCCGGCUUUCUGAAGAUUCUUUGGCAGAUAAGAACGACGAACUGGAGAUUUCCCAUGGUAUCCCCACCAGCAUGAGCCGCGACGCCAUUCAUAACACGUUGAAAAGGAUAGGCAACGAUGUCAGCGUGUUGUUGCAGACUUUCGAACAGAAGCAGAACAAGGAGAGGGAGAGAAGGAGGAGGGAGCAGGAGAGAAUCGAGCAAGAGCAUCAGCGAACACAGCUGGAGUUGGAGCAAGAAGAGCGGCACAGUGUGGAAGACUGGCUGGCUAUCAAGGGCGGCAUGGUACCCUCACGAAUGCCUGAUCUCGUCAGCAGUUCCUACAUUGGUGAAACAUUUCCUUACGAUCAUGGUUGUCACAUGGGCAGUGCAAUCCCCGCUAUUCGCAGAACUGAUGCGAAUGGUGUUGAAUACAGUAUUGAGAGAAGUGGAAAAAAAUUGAAGACUCCAUCAGGCCCUAUGGUGGCAAGUGUUCCGCCCUCUGUUCUCAUUACUGGGCCUGGGGGUUGUGAGCGUAUGGUGGGACCUCAAGAAGUUGUGACUCUUCAGGCAAGAGCUCAGCCUCAUGAAAUGAAAAGUGUUAGUUCCUCUUCAAUGGUCCCGAGCCAAAUGAGACAUAGGGAUGCCCAGGCAAAAGCCGCAUUUCUUGGUCUAGGUGUGGACAGGUAUGUUCCACGAUCAGGCUCAAUACGGCACAGCCUUGGUCGACGUCAUGGCUCCCUGGAUUCUCUGAUCGACUUCUUAGACCGCCAGGAAAAGAGAGCUUCAUGGGCAUCCUCCGACUCUGAGGAUGGCUCAGACCUCCUCACCAGCAUCACCACCACGUUUGAUCAGAAACUGCAAAUCCUCCUCAACCCCAAGUAUAAGCUUACAGGUGCCAGCAGGAAAACUUCGAAGGCAGAAGCCCCUGCCAGCAAAAGUGAAGCCAAAACUGAAGUUGACAGCAACAAGCAUUUAGAUCUCAGCAACAGGAGCAAACAGCUCAGCACUGCGGCUGCUACUGCUGACAGCUCCCUGCAUGCCCUUACAGCAGCGGCAAUAGUGGACUCUGAUGGGUCUUUUAGGGAUCCCAGCCUUCACAGGUCGGCCAAGUCUGACCCGAAAAUCGGCAUCGCCUCGCGCUUUGAGAGAGUCACAGACAGCAGCCGUGCUGCUUCCUCCUCCCCUGUGACUGUGCCCAACGUCCACUUUGAACUGGGUCCCUCUGGGAACCCACAGCGGCGAACACAGCUACCAGACUUCAGGUCUUUCUUAGGCAAAACUUCUGGUCAGUCCAGAGACGGAGGGUCUGUUGUUUUGACCCAGCCCAAGAAACUGGAAGGUAGCAAGCACUCCUCCUCCUCCAGGGGUGCACGACCAAUAUCGAAAUCUGAAAAAACAGAGAGGAACUCCAAUCUAGCCAGACUAUCGAAGGGAGAGGAUAGUUUUGAUCUCAGCGGGAAAGAUGGGGGAGAUGGGCAAGGGGAGAGAAUAAGGAAGAAUGAGAGACGGCAUCGCCAAAGGAGGCAUACAGUUGGGGGGACAGAGGACCUGGAGCAUGUGACGGCGAUGGCAGAUAUCUGUGGUCGCCACAUGGCAGCGGGGGGUGAUAGCAAGGAGUUGAGACUCUCAGCCUGGGAGCAGUUACAGCCUGUUGUCAAAGAUGGCAGUUCAGCGGGAGAUCGCAACAUGCAAGCUUGGAUACAGAGAGAGAGACUAAGGGGCAGCACUCCUGACUUGACCUUACAGGACAACAGUGCAAUAGAAGUGAGGAAAUGAAAACCGUAUUCAUUUGUGUUUUCUCCCCAUUGGCACCUCUCCCCUCAUCCCUCCCUCAGAUGGCCUUCAAAGAAAUGCACAAACGCAUGUUGUGUAUAUGUUUAGUUUAAAUGUUUGAAACAAAAGAUUGUUUUAGAGAAGUUAAGAGAGUAUUUUUCACAUAAAGGUUUUGUACACAGGAGCAAUUAGCUUUGCUUUGCUUCAAAUUUUGUUUAAAAAUCAUGCACACAGCAAAUUUUGGACUUUACGUGAAAGUUUAGCAAAUGAAAUGUUAUAAAUCUUGAUUCUGAAUUUUUCUUAAAACAUGAACUUUUUGUUUCUAGGUGUUGUUUAACACUUAAUUCCCCCUUAUUUUUGUCCUCUGUUACAUAACCUGGUUCUCAAAUGUUAACAAAGGUCUUCAGGUUAUAAAUUAGACCAUUAAAUCACUAAAAUACCUUAAGCAACACUUUUCUGAAAAUAUAAAAUAUUCCUAAGUCCUGUAACUUGGGAUUGUCAUCAGUUAAAAUGUGUCCAUGGGUUUGUUUUUGCCUAUAAAUACUGUCUGUUAGCAUAAGUGGAUAGGAAAUGUGGAUGGAAAAGAGCUGAAUGGGGGAAUUAAGUGCUAAACACUUGCAUCAAUGUUGCAAAGUAUUUGAUUGAGUGGAGGAAAGGUAUUAUUUAACAAGUUGCUUCAUAUGAAAUUUCAGCUUUUUAUCUUGUGUAAGUUCUAAAGAAUGUUUAACCAUCUAAUAGUUUGAUGAUUAGAGAGUCUACGUCAAAUAUUCAACACUUCUGCAGAAUUGCUGUCGCUGCUGUCUGUUUGCUGUAAAUUUAGUUUCUAUUCUCUGAUUUAAUUUAAAGCUGUUCUGUGCCCCUGGAGUAUAGCUCACAACUGAGAUAAGUGCAAAGCCAUGUUCCACACAUAUCAAUACGUUUUUAUCAUUUUUGGUUGUGUGCAGACGUAUGUGGUGAUGAAAGUCUAAAUCUGUGUAUGUGGAGAUUAAUAUUUGCCCUCAAACUGUAUAUAGGUAUGGUGAGAGAACAACAUCAUCUAGUCUACUGUAGUGGGAAAUAUUUUUGUUGUUAUGUCCUGUCCAUUUCUGAUUGCUGUAUUCAUCACGUGUGUGAGAACCACAGCGAUCUUGUUUCUCCCAACUUCAUUGGGCACUAUAAAAAGUAGGGGACAUUAAGAGGAAUUGGGGAGUCAGGAGAGGGAAAGCAUCACCAGCUUAUUUAGUUGGCUCCCCUAGAGAGGCAUAUGUUUAGUUGUUGUUGUUUUUUUGUCAGUUGUAAGGACUAGCUGCUCAUAAAGGAUUUAUUGUUGUGGGAGCAUUUCUGUUCUGUGCCAGACACCAGUUUGCAUUUAAAAUAAAAGUGAAAAGACGUUUGCAUUGUCUCAGUUGAGAACAUUGAAGCUCAGACCAACUCUCUCUCAACAGAAUGUUGUUUUUUUUACUUGUAGUCCGGCUUCAGAAAUGCAAAACAGAAAUUUCGUUGAACUGUGCCGCUACCACAGUGUAUUUUGAGACAGUUCACUGACUAAGAUCUUCUUGUCUCAUCCUAAGAAAUCUUCUCUUGGGCUUGCAUGUUGUAUACUCGGAACUUUUCGUAUUGUUGUUUCGCAGUUUUCGAGGCGUCAUGCUCAAGAGAAAUCAUGGCACAGUUUGUUUUCCAAAUGGAAAAGUGAAGAUAAUUCAUCAAAUGAUAUUAAAUACAUGUCAGUUGCUUGUCUAGUCUGUUUUUGUGUUAAUACAUUGAAUUUCUAACCAUGUUUUCUAAAAUGAGUGAAUUUUAGCGGGUUUACUACAAUAUUGCAGUACUGAGUUUCAUUUGUAUGUAUACCAUGACCUGGUUUUCUCAUUCUAAUGUUUGGUCAUACCUGUGUGUGCAUGUCUGAGCUCAGCAGUGUAGUGACAGUAUUAUUCCUGUCUGGCACAACAGCACCAAAAUGCUCCAGCGGGAAAACCCAAUAAUGGUGUGUGAUGGCCUAACAGAAUUAGGAUGGCGUUGUGCAGUGACUAGAUUAUAAAUAAUCCGUGUAGACUGAGUGAACCUAGUUCUUAUUCAUUGCCUUAAUUUUCCUUAUCCCACCCCUCCCCCAGGCUGGGGUGUCCUUAAGGUUUGCUCUUUGUCCAAAUGGUUGGUUCUUAUAUUGUCAUGCAGUGCUCCAAAGAUGUUCUUUUUGUUGGCUUGAAGUUUGUUGUGAGUAAAAAUCUCAGAUCCUCUAUCUGUAUUGGUUUUCUCCAAUUUAGCUACAGGGUUUGUGACAUGCGUUGAUAUAUAUAUAUUUUUUUGCUUUAUAACAUGACCAAAUGAUCCUGUAUACAUGUUUUACUUAAAUUUCAAGGAGCUAAUGCUAUUAAGAGAAUGUUGUCUGGACUUUUGAUGUUGGGGGGUAAAGCUGGCAAGUUUUCCAUCUUUAAUGUGUGGUAUUCCUUUGUUUAUCUUUUCCAUUCCUAAUUUCUUUUACCUGGCUUUGGUAUUGUCCCUCCUUUCUCCUACUGCAACCUGUGUAGUCUUGAGUUGUAUAGAUCUCGAUGAAAGACCAAGUAUUCUGUUUUUUGUCUUGGAAUUCUGCCUGUAAGACCAUUUCUCAGACAAGAAUAGUCAUUGGUGAACAGCAUGGAUUUGAUUCCCUUCUUUGGAAGGUAUUUUCUUUUUUAGUAUCUCUACCUUUCUGCCUGUUUGCUUGGAUACAGCUUUUCCCACUGCCUGGGUCGACCUUCCUAAAUGCUGUAAGUUGUGUUGGUGGGAAUGUAUCACAUUCACAGUCAUUACAGUGAGCCAUUGUGUAGGUGUCAUGUUGAGUCUUGAGGGGCCUUCCAGGUUGCCAUGUGUUGUUCAGUUUUACAAUGGUGCUAUCACGUUGAUUGUUUGACACAGAGAUGCACAUGACAUGUUUUGCAAACUGUUGAUGAGUGUUGCAAUUCAAAUACAAUGUACAGUGUACUGACACAUUCAGGUAGAGAACAGAUUUUUGUGCUGCCUAUUUCUGUGUACUCAUGCUGCUCCGACUACAUUUCCUCUUUGCUGCCUUUAUAGUGUUUGUCGAAAGGAGAAUAAAGCUGAAAUGUUCUAGGUUACAUAAUUGACAAAUCAUUUUUAUGCCCCAUUGCCGUGUGCAUCUUGAGAGGAAAAAAAGAACAAUUAUUACAGGGUAUGAAAAGUACGUAUGAUUGCAUCAUUUGUUCACUAUAAAACAGGGAGAUUUUUUAGAGGAUUACAGAAUCUGGAGAGCCUCAAAAGCAAAUAUCACCUUUCACAGGACAAAAGCUAAUGUGUGUUGCUGCAACCCUAAUUUCAAUUUUUAUACAAAGUUUUCUCUGUUUAUGGCAAUAUUCACUGCUUUAAAAUAACAAAUUUCCAAGGGAAAUUUUGUGUGUGUUGAGAACAAUUUAAUGAUGCUUAUGUUUAGUCUUGUUACAAAGCAUUGACCUGUCCAGUAAUUGUCUUUUUGUCAACUCAGAAGUCCUUCCAAAGGCGCUGAUACUUUUAAAAGUGCAAUAACCUUCCCUUCUCCAGCUUCGUUUAUUUUUUUCCUUCUUCGUGUCCACACAUCUCCUUUACUUUGUUUCAACGAGUGGCUGGUUGUAGCGACAGAGUCAAACGCAGGUCAAUGCAGCAUUUGCAAUGCCAUAGUGUCAUAACAAUAUUGUACCAUACUAAUUUGCUUUGUUGAGAUAUUGUGCUUAUGAAUCUGUCCCUGGUUCUUUUGUAAUUUUCUCUGUCGGGAAGUUUGUUUUUCCUUUUACUUAAGGAAAUUUGACAAUAGAAAUCAGUGUCAGUGGAGGAACACAAUGAUGUGUGAUGGUCUGACAGCUGUGUGACUGAAUCUCUUCAUUUCUACCGACUAUACCUGCCAUCACAGUGAAAGCAUUUACUUCUUUAGUCAAGACACCUGAGGAACAUUUGUAGAUUUUGUUUGGGACAAAAAUAAGGAAUGACAAGUGGACGUUCCCAUUUCCAGGAGUUCAUUGUGAAAAAAGGGAAGUAAUGGACUUUUGGACAUAACUUUGAACACAAAGGGAAUCUGUUGUCACGCUCUUGUUCUCACUGACUACAUUAUUGUUGUUUGAUCCUGAGUCAAGAUGAUUGAAAAAAAUAAUAUUCAACUUUUGUGUGAUCCUUAUAUUAUGCUGUUUUUAUAAAUGAAAACAAGACUGUUCAUGUCUUAGUGAAAUGGUUUUACUAACUCUAGCUUUUAUAACUGCCUUGUACAUAUAUGAUAAAACAGAACUAACAUUUUACAGUCUAAGUUGCUCAUGUACAAAAAACAAUCUGCCUUUCUUGUACUGCCCAAAGAUCAAUGAACUGAGCUCUGCUGCUAAAUGCUGAAAAGUUAUAACUGGUGAGGAGUGAAAGGGAAAAUGGUUUGGGUGAGGGCCUGUGGAGAGGGUUCACUCCAGCGCCCUUCCCUCAAACCCCAAGAUGUUCGAAUAGCCUUUGGCUCUGAUCCAGCAUUACUGUAAAGUUUCAUAAUAUUAAAGUGCAUAUUACAAUACUU